CGUAUUUACGUCAAUCGUUUUUAGAAACCGCUCGAUGUAAACAAAAACGGUUCUAAUAGGCUUUUGGUAAAUGUUGAAAAUAGUUGACGCAUUAUCCUUAUUUACAAUGGACCAAUCUUGAUUUAUGACUGUGUGAAAGAUUGAUAAAGUAUUGUAAUCUCUCAGUGUAACAUAACCUUAAAAUAAAAUGUUAGGAUUAGGAUAAACUAGGCCUACUAAGCUACCGCAAAUAAAGUUGAUUAUGGCUUUGGAAAUCUUAGUAAAUAAACUUAAGAAACUUCUCCUGUUCAUCUUUGGACUAGUGAAGAGAUCCCUAUGUUGUUUUAAAAGAAGAAGAAGAUCAUCAUGUGACUCGAUACCAUUGACUGGUGUCGGAGUAGGAACUCGUUACGAAGGACAAAAUGAUGAUGUUGAAAACUGGACAUGGGAAGAGCCUCUAAAGGUUGUAUCUGAACCUAAUUCUGUCCAACAUAAAAUUGAAAUGUACAGGCAACAAGCAUUUCGGCAGCAGCCUGAAAAGGUUGAAGAACAUGAUCCAGAUUUUUUUGAGGAUAUGACUCCGCGAAUUACAAGGCAAAAGAAGGUACAUGUAAGAUCAAAUGGUUGUGAGCAAGAUGUUGGUCUUUCUUCACGUUUGACAUUUUCUCCUGAAUCUUUACCUUCUGUUGGACCUGAACUUGGCUCUUGGGAGGAGAAUGAAGGCCAAGGCAACAGCUGGGAGGAAGCAGAGUCUUGGGAUGCAGCUCAGUUGGUCCGAGAGAAAAGGAGAGCGGAGAGAGAAAAAAUGGCUGCCAUGAAAAGAGACCAUGGUAGAAGUACCCUGGGGUCGAAAGUCAGUUGACUUGCUUACCAUUUUAACUGUAUAAUAUUUAUUUCUACAAUGGAUCAUAUAUGUUUUAUACCAGGGUUUAAGUUAGUAUGUGAAAAUAAAUAAUGCUUGUAUUCUGUUUCAAA